UCUUCAUCUUUUAACAACCUAAUACAAACUUCUUCAGCUAAGACUUCUUUUUCCGUUCGGGAUAAUUUUUAUCAUGAAGGCAUUUACCUUCCUCUCCAUCCUGGCCCUGGCCUCCUCAGCAGCUGCCGUCGCCGUUGACAGCCGCGCAACUUUGCCGGGAUUUGCUGAGCGCGCUUGUGGCACUACCGGCGCGCCCUGUACCUCUGGCGACGACUGCUGCACCUACUGUGACCCGUAUUCCGGCUGGACGUGCACUGAUGUCACUAGCUAUUGUAUUGAGAAAGGCCAGGUUCCUGCUUUUGGCCAAAACGAUUGUUGCUCUAGGGCUGUUGACUCCGCUGGGAAAUGCACUUAAAACUCGUUUCUUAGCAACACUGUAGAUUAGGAUGUUUUACCAGAAGCAAAGACCAGGCGAAAUCUUUAGAGUAACUUUACAUUUAAAUCUUUAGGGAAAGAUUUAGAUCCGAUGUUUCGAAGUGGAAACCCUAAGCGUAGGCUUAGAAGGCGCUCUUCAAAACUAGAAGAUUCAAAAAGAACAGCUUUUUAUUUUGCAGCUAACCGG